AUUCAUUACGACCUCUUCUUCCACCUUAAUGACUACUACCACCUCCUUCCCAAUUCUCCAUCUCCCUGCAAAGUCUCUGAAACGUGCAAUUUGCAAUCUGACUACAGAGGAAAUAAUCAAGUUCUCUCUGGUAUCGAAAUCUACAAAACAAGCUGCUGAAUCGUUGAACCUCCAAAAACACAUUUAUGCAAUUUACAUUGACGAAAUGGUUCGUAUAAAUGUGGGGUGUAAAUUAAUCAAAUGGAACCCAUUGGAAGUCGACUUGAGAACUCUUAUAGAUAUUAUUCAAUAUGUAUUUCACACAAAUGAAGUCUGUCAUUUGAUUAUUAGAAACGACAAUAACGACUGGAAAUCCAUACAUAUAGCUCUUGACGUCUUGACCUGCUCUAGGACAUCUCUGGAAUUCCAGUCUCAGAAUAUAUGGCUCCAGAGAAUUGUUAACCAGUUUUCCAGUUGUUUUCUUCAACUAGUUCUUUCGAAAUCCACUUGGUAUCAUCCGAUAUUAAGUGCACACCGACUUGAAUUGAGUCUUUUUUCUCCGUCUACAGAUUUUUCUUGUGUAAACUGUGAGCACUUAAAUAUAUGCUAUAAAAUGAGUUCACAGGCCUUCAACUUAUUUUUAAAGCAUUGGAUGAGAGGAGAGUACAAGUCUCUUAAAAGCCUAUCCAGUUUUGUGGAAGCUGAAGCGAGUGCGGAUGAGAUUUUCAAAGAUGUGGAGUACCAGGAGACAGAGAUUGCCAAAACUCCACUGCUCAUUAAAGUCAGAAGAGUCAUCUACCGAUUCGAUGGAACACGGGCGACUUGUGUUCUGAAAUAUGGAUAUGUAACCUUCGACGUUUUAGAGUGAUGUUUUUUUAAAGAUGUACUUGUAAUAUUUCUUCGAUGAAUAAAUUUGUUGCUAUUUUC